AUGACGGCCAUGGUUGCUGCGAUACUUACGCAGAGUUUUGGCUGGAUGUUACAUGUCGAGGUCGAGGUGAGGUCUGAAGACUUUGAUGGUGGAACCGUAGUUAUCAAAGAUUACCCUGGCCAUGAAACUCGUUUCCUAUCCUCCCUUCGCGACGUAGAAGCAGAUUGGAAAUGUGUUCCCCUCACAAGGGAGAACACUACCAGACGAUAUUCGGCAUGUAAUACUGAGGAAAGAGACUGGGAACUGAAGAUGUAUCGCGACAGCAUCGAUGCUCGAUUCCAAAUUAUCGGUCCCCCGAAUUGCUGUCCUCUGCCACACAACAGAAGAAUGAAAAAGGUCUUCCCACAUCUAAUGGUUGCCUUCUUAGACACGUACCGGAAAUCGCCUGAACUACUACUGGAACAGCUUAGGCGAGGAAAGAAGCGUCUGGAAAUGAGAACCGUGAGCAACCCACUCGGGAUUCCUUAUGUUGUCUUGCAGAUGGGAAUGGUGUCAUUUCUGUGCGACCAUGAUAGUGUCAAAGCGUGGUCACUAGGAGCCCAAUUACUGGACUCUAGGCAUGGUGAUGCACAAAGUUCGAUCCUUUCCUGGUCUCUCUCUGCUGUCCUCCAAGACAAGACACCUCCUCUAGAAGCCGUUUGCGACAGCGUUUCUAUGGCAGGGGCCGCUACGCUGCGAGAAGUAAACAUAAAUAUUGUGGUAUCGAAACAAUGUUUGCCUCCAAAGAUCCUUGACAACCAUUAUGCAGUAGAACGCAUCCACCUCCGAGAUGUUGCUGCACCUCCGAGAUGUAACAACAUUCUGACAGGAAAGAGCAAAAAAGAGGCCGGUCUAGGCUAUUCGCCAUCAAGCAGUGCUGCUUCUCAUCCCUUGACCAAGAGGCAGCAAAAGGCCAAGACCCAAGCCGACAAGGAAGCCGACAAAAAAGCGAACCCUCCCCCGAAGCGAAAGCGCCCCGCGAAGCCCAGCAAGAGUGCGAAGAAGCAAGCCCCGACCGCCGACGAGGCCGACAGCCAGCAUGCUACCGACGCCGAACCGCGUAUUGAGAAACAACAACCACCGAUACGGCCUCCGCGCAGUAGAGAGCCGAGUCAGCAUAUUCAAAUUCACUGUGGGCGGGUUACCGACAACCUUGCAGAGGUCAUUAAUCACUUGAUGGGGGACCUUUGUUUAGAGGCUCACAAGUAUCUACACCUAAUCAUCCUCCUCCUAGGAAAGGAGGCCGAGUAUUGUGCUAGACUUCAAACGGAGAAUACUGGACCGGGUAGCAUUCAUCGGCGUGGUAAAGGCGUUGUCAUCGUGGGCACCCAACAUGGCCUAAGCCGUAGCAUCCCGCAGACCGAGCCUGUCGUGGGGAAAACAUCAUACAAUCGAUCAGUUACAAUGAGCGUGGUGAUCCAGUCUUGA